AUGAUGAAUUUUUCUGAUGCUCUUAAUCUUUUAUUUUAUGAUGAAAAUGAUAAUAAUGAUGUAAAUCAAGCAUAUAUUGAAGAAAUCAUUGCUGAAAUGGAUUUUGAUAUGGAUGGAAAAAUUGAUGCUAAUGAAUUUCUUGAGAGUUUUCGUAUUGUUAAUAUGAAGAAAUCAGAAAAUGUAUAUAAUAAACCAAAAAGAAAACCAAAUCGUUGGUAA